AUGUUUUCACUCGCAUUUUUGCACAGGAAGCAGCCUCCGGCACAAAAGAGGCAGAUAUUCUUCAAUGAGCCAGUUCCAUCCGAACAGUUGAAUGAAAAGGGGACCCCAAAGCAACGGUUCCCGCAGAACAGGAUUCGAACCACAAAGUACACGGCUUGGGACUUCAUUCCGAGGGACUUGGCCUUUCAGUUCAGGAAUGUCGCCAACUGUUACUUUCUAGUUAUUAUUGUUCUCGGUUUUUUCCAGAUCUUCGGAGUUCAGAACCCGGUGAUGCAGGCUGUUCCCUUAAUUAUUAUUAUAGUGCUUACUGCCAUCAAGGAUGCGGUGGAGGACCUUCGUCGUGCGCGAUUCGACCACGAAAUGAACAAUUCACGUGUUCAUGUGUUGGCUGGUAUACCUAAUCAUAAUAUUGUCAUUGUGAAGCCUAAUAUAUGGACCAAGUGUGGUGAUUGGUUGAGUAGGGCUAUGUGGGAUACUGGGGGGUCUGUAGUGAGCAAGGUGACUCGGAGCGGGAAGCCGAAGCAAAAGUCCACCACGAGACGCGACAAACAAGGUGAGAAACCCCCGGUCGAGAGAACCUCUGAUGGCAUUGCACCUGUUCGCUCCUCCAUCUCUGCUCACUCUACGAUCUCUGCUAUCUCUGCUACUUCCGCUGCCUUUACCAACUUAGCUGCAACUGUAUCUGGGAUGUCCGCGAUCACCGGAAUCGGUUCCUUAGCACCUAUCAGACCCUCUAUUUCCACAGUUAGAGGUACCGGGAAAGUGUCUCGUUUUGUUUCUGACACCAUAACCAACCCCAAUAUUCUUCCAAGCGGUCAAUCUAAGUUCCAAAACACCUACUGGAAAUUUCUUAAUGUUGGAGACAUUAUCAGGGUUCAUGAAAAUGAGGAGAUUCCUUCGGAUGUUGUCAUUCUAGCGACAAAUGAUGAAAAAGGUCUUGCGUACGUGGAGACCAAGAAUCUCGAUGGUGAAACUAAUCUAAAACUUAAAGAGUCUGUUCAAUGUGGUAGAGGCAUCAAGCAUGCCUCGGAUUUUGAUAGAUCUGCCUUCAGUAUCGAGACAGAACCUCCAACCAAGGAUCUCUACAAGUUCAGAGGUGUAAUGAGGUACCAGAGCUUUCGGAAUAACCAUGAUACCGUUGGAACUCCUAAAUCCGAGUCUGUGUCCUAUAAAAAUAUCAUGUUGAGAGGCUGUACUCUUAGAAAUGUGAGGUGGGCUCUCUGUUGCGUGGUUGCUACAGGUAGAGACACCAAAAUCAUGCUCAACAGUGGUGCAACUCCUUCUAAAAGAUCCAAAAUUGCCAAAGAGCUCAACCUUUUCGUCAUCAUUAAUUUUGCCAUUCUUUUUGUCAUGUGUUUGGCUGCUGGCUUGAUAAACGGCUUAUACUACCGGAGAAAAAAUGUUUCUAGGGUAUAUUUCGAGUAUAAGCCGUUGGCAGGCUGGUCUGCUGCUGCCAAUGGCUCUGUUGGUUUCUUUGUCAACUUAAUCUUGUAUCAGACUUUGGUUCCUAUUUCGUUAUACAUCACCAUAGAAAUAAUCAAGGUUUUUCAGGCGUUCUUCAUUUUCUGCGAUGUGUCUAUGAUCUACGAGAAGUUAGAUUUUCCGUGCACUCCAAAGUCCUGGAACAUUUCAGAUGACUUGGGUCAGAUUGAAUAUGUUUUCUCCGAUAAAACAGGCACGUUAACCGAGAAUAUUAUGGAGUUUAAGAAGUGUUCCAUCGCUGGAAAACAGUACGGAAUAUCUUAUACCGAUGCUGAACAAGGUAUGGAUAAAAGGCAUGGUGUUGACGUAAGUCGUAAGCUUUCUGAGAUGCAAGAGAAGAUCUCUGCAGAUCGCGUGCAGAUGUUGAAGCUACUUGGUAAUAUUAAGAAUGAUCAGUUUCAGGCGGAUAAAGUCACGUUCGUCAGCAGUGAAUUUGUCGAGGAUUUGCUCAAUUAUAAAGAUCCUUCCCGACAAGCCGCCAACAAAGAGUUUUUUCUGGCCCUAGCUCUAUGUCAUAAUGUGAUGACAGGUGAUACCAAAAACGACGAGGGGCUUUUAGUGUACAAGGCAGAAUCCCCCGAUGAAGAAGCCUUGGUGGAUGCAGCACGUAAUAUAGGCAUUGUGUUUAGAGAAAAGAGCAGAGAAGGCCAAGUUGUUUCACAGUUUGGUGAAAACCCGCUCUGUUAUAAGCUACUUCAGUCAUUGGCAUUUAAUUCGACUAGAAAGCGAAUGAGCGUCAUUGUUCAGAGACCUGAUGAAUCAAUAGUGCUGUACUGUAAAGGUGCCGAUAACGUUAUGUACGAGAGAUUGAAAAGAAAUGACACCAACGAGAUUCCUGCCAAGACUGCAAUUCACCUUGGUGAGUUUGCUGAAGAAGGUUUACGAACUCUAGUUAUUGCCAAGCGGGAAUUGAGUGCUCAAGAGUUUGAUCAAUGGCACCUCGAGUAUUUGCAGGCCAGUAAGUCUGUGGAAAAUGAUAGAGAGCAGAAAAUGGAGGCUGUGGGAGAGAAGAUAGAGCGUCAGAUGUCUCUUUUAGGAGGUACAGCCAUCGAAGACAAAUUGCAAGAGGGAGUUCCUAGCUCUAUUUCUUUGAUGAGACGAGCCGGAAUCAAGUUGUGGGUUCUUACGGGAGAUAAGGUGGAGACUGCCAUCAGUAUUGGCUUUUCUUGUAAUCUCUUGGCCAAUGAGAUGGAAUUAUUGGUGAUUCAAGGCGAUGACGAAAGCGUUUGUCAACUAGUAGGAACGAUGUUAAAGGAGAAGUUUGGUAUGGAAGGUUCUAAAAAUGAUCUUAAAGCUGCCGUUAAGGAUCAUUCCACCCCGCAGCAGACUUUUGCUGUAGUAGUGGAUGGUAGGGCUCUUAUUGAAAUUAUGGCCGAUAAAGAAGCUCAGAGGAAGUUUUUACUUCUCUGCAAGCAGUGCAGUUCGGUGCUCUGCUGCCGAGUUUCGCCGGCUCAAAAGGCUGAAAUCGUUAAAAUGGUAAAGAAUGGAUUAAAGGUGAUGACGUUAGCAAUUGGAGACGGCGCAAAUGAUGUUUCUAUGAUCCAAACAGCCAAUGUGGGAAUCGGAAUAGCCGGUCAGGAAGGCCGUCAAGCUGCUAUGAGUUCUGACUAUGCCAUCGGCCAAUUCCGGUUUCUUGUCAGAAUGCUUUUGGUGCAUGGAAGAUGGGCGUACAGACGGUUUGCUGAGAUGAUUCCCUGCUUUUUCUACAAGAACGUGGUGUUUGUGUUCCCGUUGUUCUGGUAUGGCAUCUUUAGUAACUUCGACGGAACUUACUUGUACGAAUAUUCGUACUUGAUGCUUUUCAACCUCUUUUUUACCUCUGUUCCUGUGAUCACUAUGGGAUGUCUAGACCAAGAUGUCAGUGCCAGUGUCUCGCUGGCCGUUCCGGAACUCUACCGAUCAGGUAUUACCAACAGUCAUUGGUCUACUACGCGGUUCGUGUUAUACAUGUUAGACGGUAUGUACCAGUCGUUUGUGUGCUUUUUUUUUACGUGGUUUUUACACUGGCAAGGAAUCUAUGCCAAUCAACAAGGUGUCCAAGUGGACCACCGAUUUUGGUGCGGUAUUUACUGUGCUGCGAUUGCCGUCGUGUCCUGUAAUACAUACGUGUUGUUGAGGCAGUAUCGCUGGGAUUGGCUAACGCUUGUUUUUUGGUUUCUCUCCAAUGCCAUACUCUUUAUCUGGACCCUUCUUUGGACUGCUGGAGAGACAAGCUCUACCGUGUUUUACAAAGCAGCAUUGGAGUGCUAUGGUUCUGUUUCUUUUUGGGCCUUGUGUGGUGUGGGUAUUCUCGCAUGUAUGCUUCCCAGAAUUGUCAUAGAUACUUUUCAGAAAGUAUUGUUCCCGAAGGAUAUCGAUAUCGUUCGGGAGCAGGUCAGAGCUGGUUUAUUCAAGGCGUUGCCUGAAAACUAUGACCCUACUAAUACCAAAUUAUCCAGUCUGACCGUCAACGCCUCCACUACUACCACCGGGGAGAGGUCCCAGGCUGAUCCCGAGCUACCGUCACGUGAUAGGGCAUUUUCACGAACUUUUAAGAAGGCGUUGCAUAUAGUAGGAGGUCAUAAGAAGUCUGCAUUAACUAGAUUGAAGGAGGAAAUGGUCCAGAAGGGUCAGGCUUCACCGAGAAGCUCACUGGAUGGAAUCAGAACUUCUUCCGAUCUUGGUUUGUCUUCUCCCUCUAGGUUGAUGAGAGUGUAUACUACGAGAAGUGAGGUGGAUCUCUAA